CAGCGUAGCCUCCGGAUGGCGAGCGCCUCCGGCCCCGUCGGCGGGUUGCGGAAGAAGGAGAUCGCGGAUGCGGAGAUGGAGCCGCCGGAGGAGGCGGCGGGGCGGCCGGUGGGGCUGAAGAGGGCUAGGAACGCGGCAAUCGGCAACGGCUCUUGCGGUUUUAUUGGAGUGACUACUGCUGAGAAGAAACCAACACUGCAGCCUCAUAACAAUGUCAAAUUUCUGAAGAAAGCUGCCAAUGGCAAUCUUCUACGUCCUGAUAUUGAAGCUACUUCUAAAACAGGAGGUCUUUAUCUGCAUGAUACACAUGGAUCACAGAAACUGCCAGAUUCCAAUGCUUUGAGAUUUAGUAGCUCAUCUCCUGUUGGAGAUCUGAGGAGCAAAACCAAAACCCCUAUAUGUACCUUUUACGCUCAAGGCCAUUGCAAGAGAGGAAAGAAGUGCGCUUUUCGUCAUGAAAGAGAGGGUCCUGGUUUUGGUAACCUGCGGAGUGAAGAAGAAAAGGCUGGUUCACUUGCACCAGUUGGUACUGGAAAACAUAGAGGGUCUGAAGAAGGAUCUGAAGCACAAGGUUCAUCCAAUUUGAAAGAUCCACACUUCGAGAACUUUGCUGCUUCGUCGAAACAUGGGCUAUAUAGGACCCUCAUUCAUUCUUAUGGCGAAGAUCAUAGGGUGGUGGCACAUAACUCGCCGACUCCUAAGGUUUCAGAAGAGAGGUCUUGCAGAACUGAUGAUUUAUGGACUGCAAAGCCUACCCCUCCUGUAAAUGAGCUGGUGCAGAUCCCAAUAGUUCAAGAGAAGAAUCAUGAACCUUACUUCAUGGGACGCCAUGCUAGUUUGCCUUCUGAUAGCUACUUCGAUUGUAGGGGAACCUUACCCAGAUUGCAUUUAGAUGGAGGAAAGCUGCUGUCAGAUGCUGCCAAAGCAAGCAGCCUAAGUGAUUCUCAUAUAUCAGGAACUUACCUUGAAGUGCACCCGGUACAUCCUGAUUAUCGGUAUCGACAGUCUGACUAUCUCCAAAGGUCAAGCCUUGCCUCAUACAGUUCAAAUGGUAUAACAGGGUUCAGAAAUCCGGUCCACAAUAGCUCUGAUUAUUCCCUGGGUAGUCAACCUUUCCGAGCAACUGCUCACCUAGGAAUGCCAUCCCUCCAUCAGUUAACACCUGGUAUCGAGAAGGUUGGUCUCCAUAAAGAUGUUAUAUUUGACAAGGGCUGUGGUACAUCUAGGCCUGCUUUACUUGGAAGCAGUUCACCUCAACCUGGGCAACUUUCCCCAAUCAAGGACGAGCCUUGGAUAACUUCAGUGCCUUUUGUACCUCUUGUUGAUUUUCCUGGCAGCACAUCACCUUCAUAUAGUCAAUAUGACCCGCUUGUUGACAGUAUGAACCUUUCCAAAGUUAAAGGUAUUAAUAUUCUCAAGUCCUCGAACAUAUCUUGCAGCACUUCAAGUCAGCACACUACUGGGAAUGUUGUUAUAGAUGGAGAUACCAACAAGCCAAUGAAUUACGAUGACAAGUUGGCAAGGAACAUGUCAGCCAAAGGGUCAAAUGAGUUUGCAGGCCUUGUUGCACCUGAUAGGGAACGCUCUGGUCUGGAUGGUGAUACUAUGGUGAAAGCUUCUGAAAGAGAAGAUGCAGCAAUUACUGAGAAAACAAGAGAUUUUCGUUUUCAUUUGGCAGAACAUGUGAAGGAGUUGCUGAAACCAUUUUGGAAAGAAGGCAAUCUGAACAAAGAUGCUCAUAAACUGAUAGUGAAAAAAUCCGUCGAUAAAGUUCUUGCUUCAGUUGAGCUGCAUCAAGUACCAGCUACUAAAGAAUUGAUAACUGAUUAUAUAACCAUGGCUGGAACAAAGAUUGAAAAACUUGUGAAGGCAUAUGUUGAUAAGCAUCGUACGAAAUGAGAUCCAAAUUAUGAGCUACACCACCAUAGACAUGGGGUUUCAGCCAGAUGCCUUUCCAAUGUGAUCAAUCUACAGUGCAAUGUUGUUAGACCCGAUCAGUUUUUGUGGGCAUAGUAGAUAUUUCCUAGUAAGGUAUUCUGUUGCAUGACCCUGGCUGGUUUGUAGACUUAGUCUAGACUCUGUAGUAGUACUUAAUAUGGUGAAUUUGAUGUCUGCCUGUAGAUGAAAUAAUGUCUGCUGCAGCAGAUCUAGAAUCUUAACUGCAUGUGCGGUUAGUAUA